GAGUAUAGUCAAUGGUCGAAAUGUGAGGUGAAACUUUGAUGCAAUGUUCCCAGUGUAGUAACGCAGUUCUCUGUUAAUCUAAUAUGACUUGAUACUAAUAAGCAUUUUAGGUGCGUGAUAUUCUUUCAGUGAUUAUUAACAGUUACAACCACAGUGCGAAGCGGUUGCAGUAUUGUUAUCAACCCCCUGUACACGUGAAGGCAAGUCAAGUCCAGUCAACUAUGGUGAAAGAACAGUUCAGAGAAACAGAUGUGGCGAAGAAAAUAAGCCAUGUGCGUUUUGGUUUGUUGAGCUCGGAGCAGAUGCGACAGCAAGCCCACAUCCAUGUUGUCAGUAAGAACCUGUACAUGCAGGAUGGCAGUAGGAAGCCAGUUCCCUAUGGUGUGCUGGAUCAUAGAAUGGGCACCAGUGAGAAGGACAAUAACUGUGAUACAUGUGGCAAGAACCUGGCUGACUGUACGGGACAUUAUGGCUAUCUUGACCUGGAACUACCUGUCUUCCAUAUUGGCUACUUCCGGACAUGUAUAACUAUAUUACAAACUAUAUGCAAGACUUGCAGUAGAAUACUUCUUCAGGAUAAUGACAGAAAACAUUUCCUAGAAGUUCUCAAGCGUCCAGGAAUGACAUAUUUACAAAAGAAGAUGCUGAAGAAAAAGAUCAUGGAGAAAGCCAAGAAAAAUGCCAAUUGUCCAUAUUGUGGAUCAUACAAUGGCACAGUCAAAAAAUGUGGAAUGUUGAAAAUAUCCCAUGAUAGAUACAAGCAAACCAAGAAAAACCAAGACCCAGCCGUAGUAGAAUUUCUCGGUUCAUUUGAAGAGGCCAUGGAACAAAACAAAGACAUUGAACCUCUUCUUAGUAAAGCACAGGACAUGUUGAACCCCCUGGUGGUACUUAAUCUCUUUGACAGGCUGCCUGAUGAGGACAUACCAUUGUUAUUAAUGACUACAGACAGUGGACACCCCAGGGAUCUAAUACUGACCAGAAUACUAGUGCCCCCACUGUGUAUAAGGCCUUCAGUGGUCUCCGACCUCAAGGCUGGAACCAACGAAGAUGACAUUACUAUGAAGAUAACAGAGAUCAUAUUUCUCAAUGAUGUCAUCCAGAAACACAGAGCAACAGGAGCCAAGAUGCAGAUGAUUAUGGAAGACUGGGAUUUUCUGCAGCUGCAGGUGGCGCUACUGUACAACAGUGAAACUUCCGGAAUUCCAAUAAACAUGCAGCCUCGUCAUCCAAUGAGAGGGUUUUGUCAGAGGCUGAAGGGCAAACAGGGUCGUUUCCGUGGCAACCUGUCUGGAAAGAGGGUGGACUAUUCCAGUAGAACGGUGAUCUCACCAGACCCCAAUAUGAGGAUAGAUCAGGUGUCGGUCCCAGAGCAUGUUGCCAAAAUCCUGACGUACCCAGAACGAGUGAACAAGGCUAACAUGAACUUGAUGAGAAAACUGGUCAUGAACGGCUGUGAUGUACACCCAGGGGCCAACUUCAUACAGCAGAGAGACACCAAUGUGAAAAGAUUUUUGAAAUACGGGAACCGCCAAAAGAUCGCCCAAGAGCUGAAGUAUGGGGACACAGUGGAGCGCCACCUACUGGAUGGAGACAUUGUUCUCUUUAACAGACAACCUUCCUUGCACAAACUUAGUAUUCAGGCUUUCUUUGCCAAGGUGAUGCCCCACAAGACGUUCAGGUUCAAUGAGUGCGUGUGUAAUCCUUUCAAUGCCGACUUUGAUGGCGACGAGAUGAACUUGCAUCUGCCACAAACUGAGGAAGCCAAGGCAGAAGCCCUCAUACUCAUGGGGUCCAAGUCCAACAUAGUAACUCCAAGGAACGGUGAACCUCUCAUAGCUGCCAUACAGGAUUUUAUCACUGGGGGCUUCCUCAUUACACAGAAGGAUAUAUUCUUUGAUAGAAGCAAGGCAGUACAACUGGCUGCCUCUCUGCUCUCUGGGGGUGACAGUAAUCUGAAAAUAGAUCUUCCACCUCCAGCUAUUAUGAAACCCUGUAGACUUUGGACUGGUAAACAAAUCUUCAGUCUGAUUCUAAAACCCAACAAGGAAAGCCCCGUGAAGAUCAACCUGAAAACCAAGGGAAAGAACUACAGCAGUGGGGAGGAUAUGUGUGUGAAUGAUUCUUUUGUGGUGAUAUACAACAGUGAGUUACUAUGUGGUACUAUGGACAAAGGAACACUUGGAGGGGGGUCCAAGAAUAAUAUCUUCUAUCUUCUGCUCAGAGACUAUGGAGAGAGCUACGCAGCAGGAGCUAUGGCAAGGCUCGCCAAGCUCUGUCCUGCUUUUCUGAGUCACCAUGGGUUUUCCAUAGGCAUAGGGGACGUCACUCCUGGUUUGGGGUUGUUGAAGGCAAAGCAUCAGUUACUGGAUGAUGGGUAUUCCAAAUGUGAUCAGUAUAUUCAGGAACUGGCCGACGGCAAACUGCAGUCCCAGCCGGGGUGCUCUCCUGAACAGUCCCUAGAGGCCAUGAUAUUGAAGGAGCUCUCUGUGAUCAGGGAUCUUGCUGGCAAAGCUUGUUUGAGAGAGCUGCACAAGAGCAAUAGUCCACUGAUUAUGGCCAUAUGUGGCUCAAAAGGGUCCAACAUCAACAUUUCUCAGAUGAUAGCUUGUGUGGGGCAACAGGCCAUUAGUGGCAGCAGAGUGCCCAAUGGGUUUGAGGACAGAGCUUUGCCACACUUUGAGAGACACUCAAAAAUUCCAGAAGCCAAAGGGUUUGUACAGAACAGUUUUUAUUCUGGUUUAACACCAACAGAGUUCUUCUUCCACACCAUGGCUGGCAGGGAGGGUCUUGUAGAUACUGCAGUCAAGACGGCAGAGACUGGCUACAUGCAAAGGAGGCUGGUCAAGUCCCUGGAAGACCUAUGUUCGCAUUAUGACUUGACUGUGAGGACAUCUAUGGGAGAUAUUGUACAGUUUGUAUAUGGUGGAGAUGGCCUUGACCCUGCUGCCAUGGAAGGCAAGAGCAAACCUCUGGAUUAUAAAAGGGUUCUUUCUCACAUAAAGAAUAAAUUCUCAGGUACUGAUGAGGAGUCUCUUAGUGCUGCUGCUCUGGAAGAUUUAGUGGAUAAGGAACUGAAAAACAACAAAUACAGAGAGUGCCAUGAAGACUUCCUGCAGGAAUUAAGAGACUUCAUGGAGCAGACAUGUAAGACUGUAGCUGAGACUAGGAAGAAAAUGAGACUGGAUAACCCACACCUAAUCAGACCAAAAGCCCUGUACCAGGUAGACCGACUGACCCUGACACAGGUGACGGAGUUCCUGGAGUGCUGCCGAGAUAAAUAUAUGAGGGCCAAAGUGGAGCCAGGGACAGCAGUGGGGGCAGUGUCAUGUUAUAUGUUAUAUUAUCCAGGGACAGCAGUGGGGGCAGUGUCAUGUUAUAUGUUAUAUUAUCCAGGGACAGCAGUGGGGGCAGUGUGUGCACAGAGUAUUGGAGAGCCAGGAACACAGAUGACACUGAAAACUUUUCAUUUUGCUGGUGUGGCUUCUAUGAAUAUCACAUUGGGUGUCCCCCGUAUCAAGGAAAUCAUCAAUGCCUCCAAGAAUAUCAGCACCCCCAUUAUCACGGGGGCACUAGUUGAUGAACACGACGCAGAAAAGGCGCGGAUUGUUAAAGGAAGAAUUGAGAAAACUUUACUUGGAGAGGUGUCAGAGUAUGUUGAGGAAGUCUUUUUGCCAGAUGACUGCUUUCUGCUGGUCAAACUGGAUCUGGACAGAAUAAGAUUGCUAAAGUUGGAGGUGAAUAUUGAUACCAUCAGAGAGUCCAUAUUAACUGCUAAACUCAAGGUGAAACCCCAGCAAAUCCAGCUCCAUGGGGAUGCUAUCCUGUGUAUCACCCCCCAAGAAACCAACAAGAGCUCCAUGUACUAUGUCUUACAGCAACUGAAGGCAGAUAUACCCAAAGUUAUCAUUAAGGGUCUGAAGUCAGUGACGAGAGCAGUUAUUCAUGCAGACGAGAAGAAAGGGGAAUGUUACAAGUUACUGGUGGAAGGAGACAACCUCCGCGAGGUGAUGGCGACACCUGGUGUUAAAGGCCCAGAGACGUAUUCAAACAACACUUUUGAAGUUGAAAAAACUCUUGGCAUUGAAGCUGCAAGAACCACUAUCAUGAAAGAAAUCGUGUAUACAAUGGAAAACCAUGGGAUGAGUAUAGACCUUCGCCAUGUUAUGCUGUUAGCUGAUCUUAUGACAUUUAAGGGGGAAGUCCUUGGUAUCACACGUUUUGGUUUAGCCAAAAUGAAGGAAAGUGUUCUUAUGUUGGCCUCUUUUGAGAAGACUACAGAUCAUUUAUUUGAAGCUUCUUAUCAUGGAGAAUCGGAUGCUAUUUGUGGUGUCAGUGAGUGCAUUAUCAUGGGCAUCCCAAUGACAAUUGGCACUGGACUUUUCAAGCUUCUUCAUCAAGCCGACAGGGAUCGACCGCCCAGCAGACGACCGCUGAUAUUUGACGUUCCCGAUCUUCACGUGCCAACUCUAUGAUCCCUCACCAAAAUAUAGCCCUGUGCCCGCCAUUCUUAGAGGUUUAAUAACUUCACGAGUAGAGUGAUUCUCCUAUACGCCUCCAAGGCCGUGAAGUGGAAGAGUUUGGAGAGAGGGAGUUAGGACAUUGCCUAUUGAUUGGCCCAGUACUCCAGAAAACUUGAUUUCCACCAUAUUGAAAAAUGUUCUGGGGAAGUCUGGGCGGUCAGACGUGAGAGGAAUCUCGGUUAAUCAUCUCCCCGGGUUUCACACUCGUCUUCCACGAUUUGGCCCGGGUUGGAACUGCGCGAGACUGGAGAAUGGUUUUAAUUUGUUUGCUUUAUUUGACGUAACAGUCUCAAACAGGAGUUUAUUUAUUCAUUUUUUUCUUGCAGAAUAUUGCAUUGUAUUCCAUGCUAGAAGAUAUUCUCACUUUUGCAAUAAAGAAAGUAGUAUUACGCCAGUUGUAAUGAACAUAUUUAGAAUAUUUCACUUUUUUAUACCUGAAAAUUUCUUAAAUCUGAUGUUUACUGCAAAAAAAAAAAAA